AUGAGCACUGUCAGGUCUAAGAAGGCUUCGUUCAUAAGAAGUUAUCUUGUUAAGAAAUAUGACAGAUUAUUGGACUCAAUUUUAGUGGCAGAAGAAGCAAUCUCAUCGUCAAGUAGCAGUGAAUCUAACGGUGAUUCCGGUAUUACUCAGAAGGAGCUGAUUCAAAAGAUUGCUGGUUCGCUAGUGAAUGCCUCUAUAGAGAAGUUUAGACUAGAAAAAGACGAUAUUGACACACUGUCUACUGAUUACGAUAUGGAUAGCGAUUCUUCACUCAAGGAACCUGCCUCCGAGGUCAUCAGAGACAUUAACAAUGAGGUUAAGGAACAUUUUGUAGAUUUGUUUGUGGACAAACUGAUAAGUAGAAUCAUAUCUGAGAAAUUGCCUGAAAGAGAGCAUAUAUCCCUGGAUCAACAUGAGAAGGCCUUAACAGCUACUUUAUUGGCAAAUAACAUGAAAACGAUGACAUCCAAGCUGGGUCACAUGAUGAAAUUUCAGGAUUCCGUUAUAAGACUGAUUACAUGGAGAAAUCCGACUGGAACAUUGCUAUCCUUGUCAUUAUUCACUUUUAUUUGCUAUUAUCCAUUGCUCCUCAUGAUACUACCUCUGAUACUCAUAACCUUUGGAAUCAUGGUCCCCAAAUAUCUUGAGAAGUAUCCAAUUCGUGAGGUUUACUCAAUUACCAGGAAGUCCUAUGGAAGUCCUUUACUUCUCAGACUACUUUCAGUCACUUCUCCAGAUGAAAAAGAUGCAUCUCUACAAAGAGACAAGUCCGCUGAGUUUCGUGAUAUAGGAAGUAGUGCCUUGGUGGUGGUUAAUUUACGUGACUUUCAAAACAUGACUUCGAGCCUUAUAGAGCUAUCUGAAGUAAAUGCAAAACUGGUAAAUGAAACUCUAGGUUUUGAAGAUGAGCGUCAUACUACAGUUAUUUUUUUGCUAUGUAUUGCAUCGGCUCUUUUGUUAAAUUUGACUUCUCCUUUUGUAAAUUGGUCUUUAACGUUAAGUCUCUCCACAUGGCUGUUUUUCAUAAUGCACCAUCCCCAAAUUGGUCCAAGGCUCGAUAAAUUUAUUAUCAAAAUAAGAAGACUAACAAGUAAUAAAUUUAUCGGAGAAGUCAUCAAAAAAUUUGAUAUUAUUUUGGAUGAAAAACCCCAAAUAAAUUCAGUCGAAGUAUUUGAGAUAUAUAGACAAGGAAUAGUUCCAGGUGUAUGGAAAUUUUUUCUUUAUUCAAGUAACUGUUUUGACCCAAGUGAUGAAUUCAGAAGGGCAAAACAUGCCCCACCUGGGGUUAAGGACCUAGAAGAUGUGAAACCGCCUGAAUCUUGGUUAUUCGACCCGAAUAGUGAAUGGGAAAUUGAUUAUAACGUAGAAAAAUGGUCUUAUGAAAAUGGGCUAGAUCCAGUUCUAACUAUAGAGGACGAAUACCUCUGUGAUACUAUGUUUAAAAGGAGGAGAUUAACAAGAAGGGUUCUUAAAUAA